AUGCAGAGCAGCCCGCACAACCAGUUCACCUUCAGACCCCUCCCGCCGCCACCUCCACCCCCGCAUGCCUGCACCUGCGCCAGGAAGCCACCCCCCGCAGCUGACUCUCUCCAGAGGCGAUCCAUGACCACCCGCAGCCAGCCCAGCCCCGCCGCGCCGGCCCCUCCAACCAGCACACAGGAUUCGGUUCAUCUGCACAACAGCUGGGUCUUGAACAGCAACAUACCAUUGGAGACCAGACAUUUCCUGUUCAAGCAUGGAUCUGGGUCCUCCGCUAUCUUCAGCGCAGCCAGUCAGAACUACCCCCUGACGUCCAACACCGUGUACUCGCCGCCUCCCAGGCCGCUUCCCCGCAGCACCUUCUCCAGACCCGCCUUUACCUUCAACAAACCUUACAGGUGCUGCAACUGGAAGUGCACGGCCUUGAGCGCCACCGCCAUCACCGUGACCUUGGCCUUGUUACUCGCCUAUGUGAUUGCAGUGCAUUUGUUCGGCCUGACUUGGCAGUUGCAACCGGUUGAAGGACAGCUCUAUGAAAACGGAGUUAGCAAAGGGAACAGAGGGACCGAAUCCGUGGAUACCACUUACUCUCCAAUUGGAGGAAAAGUUUCCGAUAAAUCAGAGAAAAAAGUAUUUCAGAAGGGACGAGCGAUAGACACCGGAGAAGUUGACAUUGGUGCCCAGGUCAUGCAGACCAUUCCACCUGGCUUAUUCUGGCGUUUCCAGAUUACUAUCCACCAUCCAAUAUAUCUGAAAUUCAAUAUUUCUUUAGCCAAGGACUCUCUGCUGGGGAUUUAUGGCAGAAGAAACAUUCCACCUACACACACUCAGUUUGAUUUCGUAAAACUAAUGGAUGGAAAGCAACUGGUGAAGCAUGACUCCAAGGGCUCUGAUGAUACCCACCACUCCCCUCGGAACCUGAUCUUAACCUCACUGCAGGAGACAGGUUUCAUAGAGUACAUGGACCAAGGGCCUUGGUAUCUGGCAUUUUACAACGAUGGGAAAAAGAUGGAACAAGUAUUUGUGUUAACUACAGCAAUUGAAAUAAUGGAUGACUGUUCAACUAAUUGCAAUGGAAAUGGAGAGUGUAUCUCUGGCCAUUGUCAUUGUUUCCCAGGAUUCCUUGGGCCUGACUGUGCUAGAGAUUCGUGCCCCGUGCUGUGUGGUGGGAACGGCGAGUACGAGAAAGGCCACUGCGUCUGCCGAAACGGCUGGAAGGGGCCAGAGUGCGACGUGCCAGAAGAACAGUGCAUUGACCCGACGUGCUUUGGCCACGGCACCUGCAUCAUGGGCGUCUGCAUCUGCGUGCCGGGCUACAAAGGAGAGAUAUGCGAGGAAGAGGACUGCUUGGACCCGCUGUGUUCCAGCCACGGCAUCUGUGUGAAAGGAGAAUGUCACUGUUCUACUGGCUGGGGAGGGAUCAACUGUGAAACUCCACUUCCUAUAUGUCAGGAGCAGUGCUCAGGACAUGGCACUUUUCUUCUGGACACUGGAAUGUGCAGCUGUGACCCCAAGUGGACAGGAUCUGACUGCUCAACAGAGCUCUGUACCAUGGAGUGUGGUAGCCAUGGAGUCUGCUCAAGGGGAAUUUGUCAGUGUGAAGAAGGCUGGGUAGGCCCAACAUGUGAAGAACGCUCCUGUCAUUCUCACUGUGCUGAGCAUGGUCAAUGCAAAGACGGAAAGUGUGAGUGCAGCCCUGGAUGGGAGGGCGACCACUGCACAAUUGCUCACUACUUAGAUGCUGUUCGAGAUGGCUGCCCGGGACUCUGCUUUGGAAAUGGACGAUGUACUCUGGAUCAAAAUGGUUGGCACUGUGUGUGUCAGGUGGGUUGGAGUGGGACAGGCUGCAAUGUUGUCAUGGAAAUGCUUUGUGGAGAUAACUUGGACAAUGAUGGAGAUGGUUUGACCGACUGUGUGGACCCCGAUUGUUGUCAACAAAGCAACUGUUAUGUAAGUCCUCUCUGUCAGGGCUCGCCGGACCCUCUUGACCUCAUUCAGCAAAGCCACCCCCUCUUCUCUCAGCACACUUCACGACUCUUCUAUGAUCGAAUCAAAUUCCUCAUUGGCAAGGACAGUACUCAUGUCAUUGCUCCAGAGAUUUCAUUUGACAGCAGGCGUGCUUGUGUGAUUCGAGGCCAAGUGGUGGCAGUAGAUGGGACCCCGCUAGUAGGGGUGAAUGUCAGUUUCUUGCACCACAGUGAUUAUGGGUUUACCAUCAGCCGGCAAGAUGGAAGCUUUGACCUCGUCGCCGUCGGUGGUAUCUCUGUCAUCUUAAUCUUUGAUCGCUCACCUUUUCUGUCUGAGAAGAGGACACUCUGGUUGCCUUGGAAUCAGUUUAUUGUGGUGGAGAAAGUAACUAUGCGGAGAGUUGUAUCAGACCCACCAUCCUGCGAUAUCUCCAACUUUAUCAGCCCGAACCCUAUUGUGCUUCCUUCACCACUCACGUCAUUUGGAGGGUCCUGUCCAGAGAGGGGAACUGUUGUUCCUGAGCUGCAGGUUGUACAGGAGGAGAUCCCCAUUCCUUCCAGCUUCGUGAGGCUGAGUUACCUGAGCAGCCGCACCCCCGGGUAUAAAACGCUGCUACGGAUCCUUCUGACACAUUCAACCAUUCCGGUGGGGAUGGUUAAAGUACACCUCACAGUAGCCGUGGAGGGACGACUCACCCAGAAGUGGUUUCCUGCCGCAGUUAAUCUCGUCUACACAUUUGCUUGGAACAAGACCGACAUCUAUGGACAGAAGGUUUGGGGCCUGACAGAGGCCUUGGUGUCUGUGGGAUAUGAAUAUGAAAUCUGCCCUGACUUUAUUCUCUGGGAGAAAAGGACAGUCGUCUUACAAGGUUUUGAGAUGGAUGCUUCUAACCUAGGAGGCUGGUCAUUAAAUAAGCAUCAUAUUUUCAAUCCUCAAAGUGGAAUCAUACAUAAAGGGAACGGAGAAAAUAUGUUUAUUUCCCAGCAGCCCCCUGUCAUAGCGACCCUGAUGGGUAACGGGCACCAACGGAGCGUAGCCUGCACCAACUGCAAUGGCCCAGCCCACAACAACAAGCUCUUUGCUCCCGUUGCCUUAGCUGCUGGCCCUGAUGGCAGUGUGUAUGUUGGCGACUUCAAUUUCGUAAGGCGAAUAUCUCCCUCGGGAAACUCUGUUAGUAUUUUGGAAUUAAGAAACAGAGAUACCAGACAUAGCACAAGUCCUGCUCACAAAUACUAUCUGGCUAUGGACCCUAUGUCUGAAUCACUUUAUCUAUCAGACACCAAUACUCGAAAAGUCUACAAGUUGAAAUCUCUUGUGGAAACAAAAGAUCUGUCCAAGAAUUUUGAGGUGGUGGCUGGAACCGGUGAUCAGUGCCUUCCCUUUGACCAGAGUCACUGUGGAGAUGGCGGGAGAGCAUCGGAAGCUUCACUGAACAGCCCUCGAGGCAUCACCGUUGAUAGGCAUGGAUUCAUUUACUUUGUGGAUGGGACCAUGAUUCGGAGAAUUGAUGAGAAUGCUGUGAUCACCACUAUAAUCGGCUCAAACGGUCUGACUUCCACACAGCCACUGAGCUGUGACUCGGGAAUGGACAUCACUCAGGUGCGAUUAGAGUGGCCAACAGACCUUGCAGUCAAUCCCAUGGACAAUUCAUUGUAUGUCUUGGAUAACAACAUUGUGCUGCAGAUUUCUGAGAGCAGGCGUGUGCGGAUCAUUGCAGGGCGCCCCAUUCACUGCCAGGUGCCAGGCAUCGAUCAUUUCUUGGUCAGCAAGGUGGCAAUUCACUCCACUCUGGAGUCGGCCAGGGCCAUCAGUGUCUCCCACAGCGGACUGCUCUUCAUAGCUGAAACAGACGAGAGGAAAGUAAACCGCAUUCAGCAAGUUACCACCAAUGGGGAGAUCUCCAUCAUGGCUGGUGCCCCCACUGACUGUGAUUGCAAAAUUGAUCCCAACUGUGACUGUUUUUCAGGUGACGGUGGCUAUGCCAAAGAUGCAAAGAUGAAAGCCCCUUCCUCCUUAGCAGUGUCGCCUGACGGCACCCUCUAUGUGGCUGACCUCGGGAACGUUCGCAUUCGAACCAUCAGCAGGAACCAAGCCCACCUGAAUGACAUGAACCUUUAUGAGAUUGCUUCGCCUGCGGAUCAAGAGCUCUACCAGUUCACCGUCAACGGAACCCACCUGCACACCUUGAACUUGAUAACAAGGGACUAUGUGUAUAAUUUCACCUACAAUGCCGACGGUGACUUGGGUGCCAUUACCAGCAGCAACGGCAACUCUGUGCAUAUUCGCAGGGAUGCGGGCGGGAUGCCGCUUUGGCUUGUGGUGCCUGGCGGGCAGGUGUACUGGCUGACCAUAAGCAGCAAUGGAGUCCUGAAAAGAGUGUCAGCCCAAGGCUAUAACCUGGCCUUGAUGACCUAUCCAGGAAACACAGGGCUCCUGGCUACCAAAAGUAACGAAAAUGGAUGGACAACCGUUUAUGAGUAUGACCCUGAGGGACAUCUGACCAAUGCAACAUUUCCCACUGGAGAGGUCAGCAGCUUCCACAGUGACCUGGAGAAGCUGACAAAAGUGGAGCUGGAUACUUCCAACCGUGAAAAUGUCCUCAUGUCAACCAACUUGACAGCAACUACUACCAUAUAUAUUUUAAAACAAGAAAAUACCCAAAGCACAUAUCGGGUGAGUCCAGACGGCUCCCUGCGUGUCACCUUUGCCAGUGGCAUGGAGAUCAGCCUCAGCUCAGAGCCGCACAUCCUGGCCGGGGCGGUCAACCCCACCCUGGGCAAAUGCAACAUCUCGCUGCCCGGAGAGCACAAUGCAAACCUCAUCGAGUGGCGGCAGCGGAAGGAGCAAAACAAAGGCAAUGUUUCGGCUUUUGAAAGGAGACUGAGGGCCCAUAACAGAAACCUGCUCUCCAUAGAUUUUGAUCACAUAACACGCACAGGAAAGAUCUAUGACGAUCAUCGGAAAUUCACACUUCGAAUUCUUUAUGACCACACCGGACGACCUGUUCUGUGGUCUCCUGUAAGCAGAUAUAAUGAAGUGAACAUCACAUAUUCCCCUUCGGGGCUGGUGACGUUUAUUCAAAGAGGGACAUGGAAUGAAAAAAUGGAAUAUGACCAGAGUGGAAAAAUAAUUUCAAGGACUUGGGCUGAUGGGAAAAUCUGGAGCUAUACCUACUUAGAAAAGUCGGUGAUGCUGCUCUUGCACAGCCAGCGGCGCUACAUCUUUGAAUAUGACCAAUCGGAUUGCCUGCUCUCAGUCACCAUGCCCAGCAUGGUGCGCCACAGCUUACAAACGAUGCUUUCGGUGGGCUACUACCGGAACAUCUACACCCCACCGGACAGCAGCACGUCUUUCAUCCAAGACUAUAGUCGAGAUGGCCGACUGCUACAGACCCUGCACCUGGGGACAGGGCGCAGAGUUUUAUACAAGUACACCAAGCAAGCAAGGCUGUCUGAGAUUCUCUAUGACACCACUCAGGUCACAUUGACAUAUGAAGAAUCUUCUGGAGUGAUUAAGACCAUACACCUGAUGCACGAUGGCUUCAUUUGCACAAUCAGAUACAGGCAAACAGGACCUCUUAUUGGACGCCAGAUUUUCCGAUUCAGUGAAGAAGGCCUUGUGAAUGCUCGGUUUGACUACAGCUACAACAACUUCCGCGUCACCAGCAUGCAGGCUGUGAUCAAUGAAACCCCUUUGCCCAUAGACCUGUACCGAUAUGUUGAUGUCUCCGGUAGAACAGAGCAGUUUGGAAAAUUCAGUGUCAUUAAUUACGACUUAAAUCAGGUCAUAACUACUACAGUGAUGAAGCACACCAAGAUCUUCAGUGCCAAUGGACAAGUGAUUGAAGUCCAAUAUGAAAUCCUAAAGGCAAUCGCCUACUGGAUGACCAUUCAGUAUGAUAAUAUGGGCCGUAUGGUAAUAUGCGAUAUAAGAGUAGGAGUAGAUGCCAAUAUAACAAGAUACUUCUACGAAUAUGAUGCUGAUGGGCAACUUCAAACUGUUUCUGUAAAUGAUAGAACCCAGUGGCGUUAUAGUUAUGAUCUGAAUGGCAACAUCAACCUUUUAAGCCAUGGGAAUAGUGCUCGUCUGACUCCUCUCCGAUAUGACCUCCGCGAUCGCAUCACCAGACUAGGAGAAAUUCAGUAUAAAAUGGAUGAAGAUGGCUUUCUGAGGCAGAGGGGAAAUGACAUCUUUGAAUAUAAUUCUAAUGGUCUGCUGCAGAAAGCCUACAAUAGGGCUUCUGGCUGGAGUGUGCACUAUUACUAUGAUGGGCUUGGGCGACGUGUUGCCAGUAAGUCCAGCCUAGGGCAGCACCUCCAGUUCUUCUAUGCAGACCUUGCCAACCCCAUAAGAGUUACUCAUCUGUACAACCACACGAGCUCAGAGAUUACAUCCCUGUAUUAUGAUCUCCAGGGUCACCUGAUUGCCAUGGAGCUAAGCAGUGGGGAAGAAUAUUAUGUAGCCUGUGAUAACACAGGCACUCCACUGGCUGUGUUCAGCAGUCGAGGUCAGGUGAUAAAAGAGAUGUUGUACACGCCCUAUGGAGAUAUCUAUCAUGACACUUACCCAGACUUUCAGGUCAUCAUUGGUUUUCACGGAGGACUCUAUGAUUUCCUUACUAAAUUAGUGCACCUGGGGCAAAGGGAUUAUGAUGUUGUUGCCGGUAGAUGGACUACGCCUAAUCAUCACAUAUGGAAACAGCUGAACCUCCUUCCUAAGCCAUUCAACCUCUACUCCUUUGAAAAUAACUACCCAGUUGGCAAAAUUCAAGAUGUUGCAAAGUAUACCACAGACAUUGGAACUUGGUUGGAGCUGUUUGGUUUCCAGUUACACAAUGUACUACCUGGAUUUCCCAAACCAGAGUUAGAAAAUAUGGAAUUAACUUAUGAGCUUCUACAGCUUCAGACAAAAACUCAAGAGUGGGAUCCUGGAAAGACUCUCUUGGGCAUCCAGUGUGAACUCCAGAAACAGCUCAGGAAUUUCAUUUCCUUGGACCAGCUCCCCAUGACCCCCCGAUACAGUGACGGACGGUGCCUCGAAGGAGGGAAGCAACCGAGGUUUGCGGCUGUUCCUUCUGUCUUCGGAAAAGGUAUAAAAUUCGCCAUCAAGGAUGGCAUCGUCACAGCCGAUAUCAUAGGAGUCGCCAAUGAAGACAGCAGGCGCCUCGCUGCCAUUCUCAACAACGCUCAUUACCUGGAAAACCUGCACUUUACCAUAGACGGGAGGGACACUCACUACUUCAUUAAGCUGGGGUCCCUGGAGGAAGACCUGGUGCUCAUCGGCAACACUGGCGGGAGGCGGAUUCUAGAGAACGGUGUCAACGUCACUGUGUCCCAGAUGACGUCGGUGCUGAAUGGCAGGACUAGACGGUUUGCGGACAUCCAGCUCCAGCACGGGGCCCUGUGUUUCAACAUCCGCUAUGGGACAACCGUCGAAGAGGAGAAGAAUCAUGUGCUGGAGAUCGCCAGGCAGCGCGCCGUGGCCCAGGCCUGGACUAAGGAGCAGAGGCGGCUGCAAGAAGGGGAAGAGGGCAUCCGGGCGUGGACGGAGGGGGAGAAGCAGCAGCUGCUGGGCACUGGGCGCGUCCAAGGCUACGAUGGGUAUUUUGUUUUGUCUGUUGAGCAGUAUCUCGAACUUUCUGACAGUGCCAACAACAUUCACUUUAUGAGACAGAGCGAAAUAGGCAGGAGGUAACAAACAAAAUCUCUGCCUUUGCGUCACCAAAGACUGCCUGUUUUUAAAACACAAAACGGUUUAUUGUAUUGGUUUUCUAGAUCAGGACUCUGUAUAUGUAAAUAUGGAGGAAAAACAUAUCCAACUGCCUUUCAAUGUGACGGAAGAUGGUAUUUUAAUAUUGUUUGUUUAAACUCUUUGAGAAAUGACAGAUUUUUUCUUUUUUUCCGAUUUUUUUUUUUUUUUUUUUUUUUUAGUUCUCGUGUGGCAGUAUUCAAAAAGAAACACAAGUAGAACUCAAACAGCUCAAAGCAAAACGUUUUCAGAAAGCACCACUUUCAAUUCGUCGAGCCAUGCGCAUGUGUGCAUUCAGAUAGACAGAAAGAACCCAGGGUUCUCUCUAUGUGUCUAUUGCGACACCAAGGUUCAGGCUUAGCUGUUGGCAGAAAAGGUGGUGCAGUUGUAUCUGAGCCUUGCACUGCGAAAGACUGCCGGCCCUUUCGCCUUCCCAGAUCCGCUACAGGAAACUCCUAAAAGGCGUGUAAAAUGCGCUGGGCCGCAAUCUCCUGGAGGCGAGAACCAUAGGCCCUUCCUCCCUGGUUAUUCCUUCUUGCUUGUUCAAGUAAAUGCGAUGUUGUCGUGCUGUGUUUUGGCGUGUGGUGGCUGGAUUCGCCCUACCAUGCUUCCCCGUGGGUGUGGGACCCGGAGUGAAUUGUCACUAUUUCCUUGUGUGUACGUGAUACCAAGGCAGCUGGCCCGUGUAACUUCUCCCGCGCCACCCGUUUGGCUCUAUUUUGUUUUACUAAAUUGUCCAGCUAUAUUGGCAUCAUGUGGACAUAGCUUUUCUUAACCUGGGUAGGAAUUUCUCGUUUAUGUAUAGGGUGUGUUUUGCUCAUAGCUUCACAUUAGCGAUUCAGUAUUUGUACACUAAUCCAAUGGUUUUGCGCACACGAAAGGUGAUUUACUACAAAGUAUGAUUCUGGUACCAAAAAAAAAAGAGAGGCUUUAGCACGCAUACGUGCCUGGGAUGUCAAUCAAUUACAUUCACUACUACUGCAGACAUUCUUAAGAGCCGAAACCUUUAAAAACUAGACGGAGUACUAAGGUUGAAAGGAAAGUACCAAAGGGGAGACCGAACUAAACAUCAUAGUAGUUGCUCUACGUUGGUUCCGCUCAGAUUUAUCUUUCAAAUGUACAAUUCUAUAUUGAACAUCUCCCAGCCAUAGCCAGGAAAUUUAAUUAAGCGUACCCUUUCCAACCUAAAACAUUUCAACUAAUUAGAGAGAGGCAGGCUAUUUUUUAUCAAGAUAAUUUUUAUUCUUAGUUAUUUUAGUUCUCUGUGUUUGCCCAUUCAUUUGAUUUCAUCAUGUCUCCUGCCUAGGAAAAUGACUAUUUUCCAGGAAGGGUGAUUUUGUUCUGGAAUCAUUUAAAAUUUGGAAAAAGAUCAGGAUUAGUGUUAAUAUCAACUGCGGUUUCCCAAUCUCUAUGCAUCCUGUAGUAAAAGAAGGCCCUUGGUGAGCUGGGAGAUGUGUGCCCAGUGACAAAGAGACAGCUUGUAAAAUGCUGUGUAAUUGGAAGUUACCAUGAAGGAAAAUUCAUGACAAGUAGAAAAUCCCCCCAAGCCAGCUUCAGCACUUUCAUUCCCAAGUCUGGACAUUUACUGUGUCUGAAGGAGAAUUUAUGACGGGAUGUUACAGUUUGAAUUCUUUCCAGCUGCUACCUAAAUGCAGUGUGAGGGUCAUUGCCUUGCUUUGUGACGACAGUGUCUCUCAAAAGAUGCAAAGUCAGAAUCCAGGCUCAGGCCAAGGUUUUGAAAGAGUCUGGCUCCUCACUACCCAAUGUAGAGUGAGGGAAAGACAAGGACCCACAGAUAGUACAGGAGGGUGUAUCCAAACAUUUCAUUUUCAUGACCCUCAGGUUGGCAUUACCAAUUCGUACACAUGCAUUGAAAGACAGAGAGAAAGGAUUCAUGAUGGACUCAUCUCUUUUUCAUUGGAAGCACACCAAUUUAAGAGAUUACUAACCCAGACUACAAUCAUAUUAUUGUUUUUUCCCCUGAAUCAGGCCUGUGUUAAUGGCACAGUAUUUAUUCAGGAUGGGAUUCUAAAAUGACUCACAAACUUGUUGAAAAUUUGAAUACCUCCACACCAGCCUAAAAAUGGACCUUAAGUUCCUAGAACCUCUGAUGUUCUUUUAAAUUCAUGGAAAAAUAAUUUGUGACCUGUAUAUAGAGAGUGCAUUCAUAAGUGUGAUGAUGUAUUUUAUCGUUAAUUCAAGAUGUCGAUAUUAGAGUCUAUUUUGCUUAUAUUUUAAGUGGUUAUACUUUUUUGCGAUUCACUGGUGGUGUAUCGUUUUCAAACUGCUUUAAAUAUCCAUUAGAAACAAAUAUUUGAAGCUUUUCCUUAAUAGUAAUUACCUUGAACUGUGCAUUUCUAGUUUGUAAUACAUAUUUAUUUAGUUUGUGCCUUUAGUUUCUUAAAGUUGUAUUUGUAUUAUAUUCAGGAAAUGCACUUUUUAUCACUUACAGCUGUGGUUUUAAUACUGCCUUGAACUAUUCUUGUUCUCUUUACCACUUCCAAUGGUUUUGGGAGGAAAGAGAAAAACCCCAAAAGGUUCACACUAAUGAGUAGUACAUGGAAGAGAAACAUUUUGGCAUUUUCUUAAUAAGAACAUGGGGAUACUGAGUACGUUGCUUCCAAUUUUGGCUAAAUACGAAGAAUGCCUUCAGUGACUUGUAGCUCUGAAGUUCAAAUUAAUGACAGGACAAUUCGUUUGCAUUUCCUGCUGAAAGUAAAAGCAUUUUAAAGAGAAGUAGUGGGUAUCUCAUACCCAACAGACAAGUGGCUGGCACCGCACAACCACAGCCCAUGCAAGUAAGAAAGAGUGGGAGCACAGAAGGUGGGCUCUCCUCUGAAGAACACUCGGGCUGGGCAUGGGGAAUACUCUGUGGUGGCAUUCCCUGUGGUUUUCCCUAGUUAGGUCCAUUUUCUUCGUGCUUUUCGUUUGUUUGUUUGUUUUCACUCUUGCACUACAGUCUAGAGAUCCAAAUGAACUGAAAAGUUCACAGUUUAACAGACAUUUAAAUAUCUCUUUUUAGUUGUCAUUCUAAUCAUUACUGAUUAGAAGCAUGACUCCUGAAAGAAAGGGAAAUGAAGCCCAAUUUUUAGCAAACCACUCGCCAUAUAAAUAGGCAUAUGUUUUAUUUUUUAACCCAGCAAAAUAAUGUAUAAAGUAAGCGUGUCCUUUACCGUCAAUUUAUCUAGAAGAUCUAUAAUAUAUAGACUAUAUAUAUAAUAUAAUAUAAUAUAUACAACAUAGCCAAAUGUAUGAAAACUUGACAAUGUAUAAUUUGGAAUUCAUGUCCUAACUACAUAGAGAGGUUUAAAAUUAAAUUAUAAUUUCCAUAAGAUUUUUCUUUUUCAUCACUGUUGGCACAGUUUCAAGCAUUCUACCAUGUUAUUUCUACUUUUUUCUUCUUCUUUUAAAAGAAAUAUAUUUUUAACCAGACCAGGCCCCACUGUAAUACCACCUGAGAGAGUCAGGGCAAAAUUUUUGCGUUUAUGAAGAUAUGUUCCUCUAAGGGCAAGUGUAGUGGCGUUCAGUGGUAAUGGAAGCAGAAGUACAGUAAUCAAGUACUGAAAGAAACUUGGAGAGAUUGGAGUGUAUUCUAGCUUGUGGAAAACAGAAGGCUGCAGAACAUUCUUGUUUUCUUGGAGAAACUCACAUACACAUAGCUGACCUGACUAGUGCUAGAUCUCAGACUGCUCUUCCACAGCCUUCUGUAAGGUUCUUUAUUCUGCGAAAAAAAUACAAAACCAAAAAAAAAAUCACAAAAAAAAACACAAAAAAGCAAAACAAAAAAACCCAGAAAACAACAAACAGCAACAAAAAAGAACUCAACCACAAAAUAGUGACUGUUAUGUCAGUGUGUCCUUCAUGUGAAAGCUAUUAAGGACCAAAUAUACUACUGUGUGUAAGAAGAAAAUACUUCCUAAACAGUAAGUGAAAAUAGUUAGAGUUAAACUUGCUGUGGAUUUUGUCUUGGCAGUUGUCAUCUUACAUUAUUUGUCAAAGGAAAUGUGUUUGGCAGUUAAAAUCUUUCCUUAGAUUUAGUGGUGGACUUUAACCUCUUAAAUAAAUGUUAGUAUAUCAGAUUGUGUCCUUGGAAAAUAUUUUACUUGUAUGAAUCAUGACAAUGUCUAAAUCUUUACUCUUCUUCUGGCAAAAGCAUCAGUAAGAGAAAAGGUGAAAAAGAGAAGUAUAGCCUUUACGUCAGAAAAAUAUUCUUUUUAGCUGCUUACUUUCUCAUGAGAAGUAAAGAUGUUUACAGUGUAUGCCAAGAUUUUCAGUUUCUAUAUAACAGCAGUUAGAGGUUCUAAUCAUACUGAAAAUUGUGUUAUAAUGGCCUGAGCCAUGUUGCUAGGAAACAAUAGGUUCCAAUUUUGUAUUCCUGCUCUCACUCCUGUGCUGAAAAGUGACUGGAUACUGUACAGGUUCAUGUUCUCUGGCUGCAGUUAAAUGGUCUUUUGCAUUUUGCUCUGGUUUUCAGGCCAGAAGCAUGCAUUUUUCUACAAGAGCAUCACAACAACAUGCUGUAAAUAUUUCAAGUUCAACAUUAUGUGUCGAUAUUUGAAAGAAAAAAGUACUUUGAAUAUUUCAUUUUUAAAAAAUAAAAUUGCAAAUGAA